GGCUGCAUACUUUUCAUGAUGGUGAUGAUGAUGAUGAUGAUGGUGAUAUAUUAAAACGUGGCCUCCGGACAUACAUUGGCUCAGUGUAACACGCUCAGCCAGAGUCCGUGCAAGACGCCACAAGUUAGUGGGGUUUGUGUUUCUGCAGGAUUUCAUGUGAAGGAGGGUUUUUCCAGCAGAGCCCCGCCCCCCGCUCUCUGUCUCUGCGUGUCUCCUGCGAGAGAGGAGCUUCUCGUGAAGAACGGAUUAGUCCCCUGUGAGGACAGCGAAGACAGCUCGUGAGACUAUGUAUCAAUCGAUCGAAAGUUUAUCGGUGAUGGUGUCCUCCAUGAAUCGGUGGUGAGUCCUCAGAGGCGCUCACUCCGCCACAGAAGCAGAGGGAAACAGUAGAAGGCCAGGUCGACCCGGUGAUAUCAAGCGGAUCUUAGCGAUGUCAACCGCAGCUGCAGAGCGAGGCAUGAGCGGGGGGACAGUGGUGACAGCGCCGGCCUCAGCGGACCACCAGCUCCCCGGUGAACGCGCCGUCACUGUGCUGUGGUCGUUUGGAAAAUGCCUGGGCGCGCUCCUGCCCGUCUACCUGGCUGGGUACUAUGGCUUCAGCAUCAGUGUGGUCCUGUUCGCCCUGAUGAUCUACAUGGGAUGGACACACAGUCGACUGGAGAAAAUGGCCAGGCUCAAAUCUGCCAUGUAUCUCCUGGAGAACGAGAAGGAGUUCACCACUGAGAAGGUUUUCAGGGCGAAAAGGGAUUUGCCUCCCUGGGUCAACUUUCCUGACGUGGAAAAGGUCGAGUGGCUGAAUAAGAUCCUGCAGCAGGCUUGGCCCUUCAUUGGUCAGUAUCUGGAGAAGCUGCUGGUGGGAACUAUUGCUCCUGCAAUCCGUGCGUCCAGUAUCCAUUUGCAGACUCUCAGCUUCACCAAGGUCAACAUAGGAGACAAGGCUUUGAAGGUGGUUGGUGUAAAGGCUCACACUGAACAUGACAACAGACAAGUCAUGUUGGAUUUAUACCUGAGCUAUGCUGGCGACGUCGAGAUCAAUGUUGAAAUCAAGAAGUACUUCUGCAAAGCGGGAGUGAAAGGAAUCCAACUCCACGGGAAGCUGCGCGUGAUCCUUGAGCCUCUGAUCGGAGAUGUUCCUCUUGUCGGAGCCAUCACCAUGUUCUUCAUUCGCAGACCUAAACUGGACAUCAACUGGACUGGGCUGACCAACCUGCUGGAUAUUCCUGGGCUGAAUGCCAUGUCGGACACUAUGAUAAUGGAUGCCAUAGCCUCCCACCUGGUGCUCCCCAAUCGCCUCACUGUUCCCCUGGUGACUGACCUACAUGUGGCACAGCUCCGCUCCCCUCUCCCAAGGGGAGUUGUGCGUAUCCAUCUGCUGGAGGCCGAGGACCUGACUGCUAAGGAUACAGUCAUCAAAGGCCUAAUUGAUGGGAAAUCGGAUCCAUACGCCGUUUUGCGCGUAGGAACCCAGAUCUUCACGUCUCAUCACGUAGACAGCAACCUGAACCCCCAGUGGAGGGAGAUGUAUGAGGUGAUUGUCCAUGAAGUACCUGGUCAGGAGUUGGAAGUGGAAGUAUUUGACAAAGACCCAGACCAGGAUGACUUCCUGGGGAGGGUAAAGGUGGAUUUCGACAUUGUGAAAAAGGCCCGGGUUGUAGACGAUUGGUUCACUCUGAAGGACGUCCCAUCUGGCAGCGUGCACCUCCGACUGGAAUGGCUCUCUCUGCUGUCCUCUGCUGACAGACUGAGUGAGGUGAUUCAGAAGAACCAGAAUCUGACCAGUAAGACAGCUGAUCCUCCAUCUGCUGCCGUCUUAGUCAUCUAUCUCGACCAAGCGCACAGUCUUCCUAUGAGAAAAGGUAAUAAGGACCCCAGUCCAAUAGUGCAAAUUUCCAUUCAGGAUACAACUAAAGAGAGCAAGACUUGUUAUGGGACCAACAGUCCUGUGUGGGAGGAAGCUUUUACUUUCUUUAUUCAAGACCCUCGCAAACAAGACAUUGAAGUUCAAGUCAAAGAUGAUGAUCGCACUCUGUCCCUGGGAAAUCUGACCAUCCCUCUGACCCGCAUUCUGGCUACUCCUGAUCUCACCAUGGACCAAUGGUUCCAGCUGGACAAUGCGGGACUAGGCAGCCGCAUCUACAUCAAAGUUGUGCUAAGGGUUCUGUGGCUAAGUGACGAUGCCACGCCCACAACUCCGUCUCCUCGGCCCUCAUCCUCUGGAUCUGGAUUGGGUCUGGGUGGAAUUACAUCUGAACUGAACCCCAUGGGACCCGGUGGGUUAGGCAAACCUCAGCCAGCACGACCACAGCACACUACGCCUGACCCAGAGUUUGCAACUGAGGGAGUGUUGCGCAUUCAUUUGGUGGAAGCCCAAAACCUGAUCGCCAAGGACAACUUCAUGGGCGGCAUGGUGAAGGGAAAGAGUGACCCCUAUGUCAAGAUCCGUGUGGCAGGUAUCACCUUCCGCAGCCACACCAUCAAAGAGAACCUCAAUCCCAUCUGGAAUGAGCUCUACGAGGUGAUUUUGACACAGCUUCCUGGUCAGGAGAUCCAGUUUGAGUUGUUUGACAAGGACAUUGAUCAGGAUGACUUCCUCGGACGGUUUAAGCUGAGCCUGCGAGAUAUCAUCAGUGCGCAAUUCAUUGAUACGUGGUACACGUUAAACGAUGUGAAGUCAGGCCGAGUUCACCUGCUGCUGGAGUGGCUGCCCAGAGUCUCUGACCUACCCAGACUGGAGCAGAUCUUGCAGUACCAGUCGCAGCAGUCGUACCAGAACAAGGUUGUGCCAUCAGCAGCUGUGCUGUUUGUGUAUGUGGAACGUGCCCACGGUCUGCCGUUGAAGAAAAGUGGGAAGGAGCCAAAAGCUGGGGCUGAGAUUACCCUCAAAGGUGUUUCACAUAAAACCAAGGUUUGCGAGCGAUCCACUUCUCCUCGAUGGGAUGAAGCUUUCCAUUUUUUGGUUCGUGAUCCCAGAGAUGAAACACUCGUUGUUAAGCUCUCCCACAGCUGGGGCCAGAGCCUCGGGUCCCUGACUCUUCCUCUCAGAGCGGUUCUGGCUGAGCCGGGCUUGGUGCUGGACCGCUGGCUCAGUUUAGAUGGCGUUCUCCCUGAGAGUCAGAUCCUACUGAAGGUCACAUUCAAGAUCCUGGACACUCAGCUGGCGGUGUGUCGCAGGGAUCCAGGGGAUGCAGGUAAUGAUGGUGGCGGAGAGGAAAUCAUCCCCAGAUGGGUUCCUUCCCAUCUUGACCUCAGACACAGAAGCGGCUUCGCCAUGGCCAGUGAAAAUGUCAACUCUGCAGGCCAGGUGAAGCUCACCUUGGGCUAUUCCACAGAGGAGAGCAGGCUUUUCAUCACCAUUUACUCCUGCAGAUCCCUGGCUUCCUGCUCCAAGGAUGGUGCAGACCCUUAUGUUUCCUUCAUCCUGCUUCCUGACAAAAAAGGCACAACCAAGAGGAGAACUGCCACUAAGAAGAGAGACCUCAACCCAGAGUUCAACGAAAGGUUUGACUUUGAUUUGUCUCUUGAGGAGUCCACACAGAAAAGACUGGACCUCUCUGUGAAGAACAGUGUCUCGUUCAUGAGCAGAGAGAGGGAGCUUAUUGGCAAGUUUCAGCUGGACUUGGACCAAAUAGACCUUAAGACUGGUGUCACACAAUGGUACGAUUUGGUAGCAGAGACCAACUAGAAGAAUCAACGCCUGAUGAUAUAUAUAUAUAUAUAACAAUUACUGUUGCUUCUGUGAUUUGUGACUUGUGUGUUUGUAUAUUCAGCUUAAGUGAAAACUUCCAUCAUCACUGAAGAAGAAGAAGAAAACAAAAAGAUGACUUAUGUGCUUCAUAGAAACACAGUCCACCAAUAUUUACAUUUCGCGUAUCACCCAUGAAGUGUUAACUGUGCUACAUGUCUGCACUGUCUCUGACAGAUUCUUCAGUAGAGUAUUUUGGCUGAAUAGAUAUUUGAUAAUGAAGCAACUAUGUUGCACAACCUACCAAGUUUAUAUAUGUUGACAAGCAUGUACAAGUCAUCUUUGGAUUUUAUUUAUAAAAGGGCUCAUGCUGUGGUUUAACACCCUGAGGUAUGACAAUGUUUUGAAGAUUCGCAGCAGCCGAGACAACUGAAAAAGAUUCUUUUAAAUUUUAUUUUGUAAACUCUUCCAAAGAAAAAUGUCCCAAGAUUACUUUCAUAAUAUAUGUUUUUAUCAUUGCCUUAAGUAUUACAGAACUGUGCAGUUUGUCAGUGUUUAUGAAUUAUGUUCGAAAUGAAGUUUUGUAUGUUUCAACCAGAGCUUUAUGAAAGUUACUUUUAUAAAUCAAAGUAUUAUUAACAAACCUUAGACCCUCACAUUACCACUGGAAACAGAGGUCUGUAAGCCGAGUCUUUAUCACUGUGCUUUUAUGAAGAGAAAACCUUUGUAGAUUCUAAAAAACACAUCGCUGGUGCUUCUUUGUGUUUGUGCGUGUUUGUGGGCAGUUGUAGUUUGUAUAUGCAACAGGCUGAUGUUAGUAUUUUACUUUUUGAGCUCAAUUGUUGUGAGAGGAGAGAAAAUACUGUGCAACAGCAGUGAAACGGCACCCAUGUACCGCCACUGUUGUUUUGCCACAAAGGUUCAGACGCUGACUUGUGGCAAUGACACGGAAAUAUUGUUUUAAAAUAUCUGAAGUGGAGAAAACAAUUGCUGUGCUUCGACAGAAUUUUAACAUAUCUUCUUGUAGCUUCCGGAAAUAUAGAUUAAAGUUUGCACUCUCAUGGAUCCAA